GUCAGCAGGAGGCACGAUGCUGCCUUCGUUCACGCGCCGCGCGUUCUCGUCGAAAAUGGUCCCUGAGAUCACCCGCGUGGGUAUGGUCGGCAUGGGCUUGAUGGGUCACGGCAUUGCCCAAACGGCUGCCAUGGCAGGAUAUGAUGUGAUUGCGGUCGACUCGAACCAAAAGGGAUUGGAUGCCGGCCUGAAGCGAAUUGAAGGUUCUUUGGAAAAACUCCAUGCGCGCCAAAUCAAGAAGGGAGAACUCACGGACGAACAAGCGAAGGAUUCGUUUGCGUCCAUCAUGGGUCGAAUUCACGGCACAAUCGAUAAGAAGGAAUUGGCGCCAUGCGACUUGGUGAUUGAGGCAAUCAUCGAAGACACUGACAUCAAGAAGUCAUUCUACAAGGAACUUGGUCAAAUCGUCCAGCCGUCCGGCAUCUUGGCGUCCAACACGUCGUCGCUCCCGAUCGGCGACUUUGCAGGCAGCUCUGGGCGCGCUGACAAGGUUGUGGGCUUGCACUUCUUUAACCCUGUGCAAUUGAUGAAGCUCGUGGAGGUCGUGAAGACCGACGUGACGGACCCGAAUGUGUUUGAUCUCGCCAAACGAUGGACAUUGUCGGUGGGAAAGACUCCCGUGAGCUGCAAAGACACGCCUGGCUUCAUCGUGAAUCGCUUGCUCGUGCCGAACUUGGUCCAAGCGCUGCAACUCCUCGAGCGCGGUGACGCGUCCAUGGAAGACAUUGACAUCAGCAUGCAACUCGGCGCUGGUCAUCCCAUGGGCCCGAUUACGUUGGCGGAUUACAUUGGUCUGGACACGAUCUUGUUUAUUCUCGAAGGCUGGGUGAAGAAAUACCCGAACGAGCCUUCCUUUGUCGUGCCGUCGAUCUUGAAGCAAAUGGUGAACGACGGCAAGUUGGGGCGAAAGACCGGCCAAGGCUUUUACAAGUGGAACGGCGACAAGCGUGCGUAAAUGUCGUCGGGGCGAAGGGAAAAAAUCCUCGCAUUUCCUCGGCGAGAUGUCCACCUGUAGUUAAAACGAAUCGUCCGGAAUUCUUUCGUACAACGCGUGAGGUGCUGCGGUGGCUUUUGAUACAAAUGACAAAGCGCUUUCGCGGCCCGCGUGCGAACUGGCGCUAGUUUGUCCAGUCGACCGCGAUGACGUAAAGCUGAGGGAGCGGCUCCCACAACCGCGCGCAGGCAGGUGGGACGGUCGAGACACUGUCAAAGCUUUUCAUUUUGUCGGGUUAAACCAGCUGAAAGGUUUUGUUCGAAUACUUGUCUCCCUUCUUGCCUGGCACGAGCUCGUUCACGAUAAAAUGUGCAACGUUGCCGCGCGUGAUGCGUCCGCCGGCAAUGCCUCGCUCCGCGGCGGUGUACACGCCUGUCGUCUCGGAAUCGGUGAGCCCACCAGGACGCACCAACACGUAAUCCUUCGUCUCAGACGUGCUAUACGGGCCCGACCGCAACAAAUCUUCCUGGAUUUUCUUGUGGCCGAUUUCAGUGCGAAGAAGAGUGCUCACAAGAGUCUUGGUAAAGAAAUUGCAUUCGUCGUACGACUCAUUCGUGCCCAACGACGUAACGACGACAAUGCGGUGAGCAGGGGACACGUUAGCACGAGCAUUAAGCAAUUCCAUGCUUUCGUGGCACACAGAUCCGUGGCCAACGGUCACAAUGAUGACGUUUUGGUUCUCUAGUGCCUGGGUCAUCGUGGCGUCGUUCAAGAGGCUCCCUUCAAUCAAACGCAACCCAGCAAGUACGUCGUCGCUGACCUUUUUCUUGGAUUCUGGGCGUACCACUGCAGUGAUCGUAUUGAGCUUGACUGGGAAGUCGGGCUUGUGCUUGGCCUCCACGAGCUGGCUGAGAAUGCAAAGGCCGAGAGGCCCGGUGCCGCCAAGGACAAGGACAUUCAUGACAAAGAAUCGAAAUGGAAGUUGUCGAUAUACUGU